AGGCUCCCUGGCUGCUCGCGCUCUUCUCUCCUUCUCCAAGAUGGCGGCGGUCGGCGGCGCUGAGGCGGGAUCCGGGCGAGCCGAGUGAAGACCUGGUCCUGUAGACGGGAAGGAGCCUGGACACAGUGACACAUUCUCAAAGGCCCUGCAGGACCGCCAUGGCUUAUGAUGACUCCAUGAAGAAAGAAGAUUGCUUUGAUGGUGACCACAGCUUUGAGGACAUAGGACUUGCAGCUGGCCGAAGCCAAMGAGAAAAGAAACGUUCUUACAAAGAUUUCUUAAGGGAAGAGGAAGAAAUUGCUGCUCAGGUCAGGAAUUCUUCCAAGAAGAAGUUUAAGGAUAGUGAGCUUUACUUCUUGGGGACGGACACACACAAGAAGAAGCGGAAGCACUCCUCUGAUGACUACUACUAUGCAGGACAGUGGUUCUUGUUCUGAGUGCCGAUAAACCAGUGUGAAGGAGGAGAGAGGUGGAGGGCUGGUAUUUUGGAGGAUUCAGCAUAGAAGAACAGUCUUCAUUUGUGAUAUACCAGACAUUUCGUCUCUGGAAUCGUCACAAAAGAAAAAGAAGAAGUCCAGCCCACAACCUGCCGAUACAGCUAUGGACCUGUUGAAAGCCAUCACCUCCCCACUGGCCACAGGCUCCAAGCCCUCCAAAAAGGCUGGGGAGAAGUCCUCCAGCUCCUCAAGCCAUUCAGAAAGCAAGAAAGAACACCACCGGAAGAAAGGCAGMRGAAGUGGYGGGGAGCUCUCCCUGGAGGAYGGCAGCUCCCACAAAUCCAAAAAAAUGAAGCCCCUCUAUGUAAACACAGAGACACUGACCCUCCGUGAGCCUGAUGGCUUGAAGAUGAAACUUAUUCUCUCRCCAAAGGAGAAGGGAAGCAGCUCAGUUGAUGAGGAGUCUUUUCAGUACCCCUCUCAACAAGCGACUCUGAAAAAAUCCUCCAAGAAGUCAGCUCGGGAUGAGCAAGGUGCUUUACUCCUAGGACACGAGUUACAGAGCUUUCUGAAAACAGCCCGGAAGAAGCACAAGUCAUCCUCAGACCCACAUUCGUCUCCUGGCCCUGAAGGCUGCGGGCCUGAUGCCUCCCAGGCCCCCGAACCCCACAGUGCUAACCUUGAUCUUUCAGGGCUUGAACCUAUUCUGGUGGAAUCAGACUCGUCCUCUGGCGGGGAGCUAGAAGCUGGCGAGUUAGUGAUAGAUGAUUCUUACCSGGAAAUCAAGAAGAAAAAGAAGUCAAAGAAGAGCAAAAAGAAGAAGGACAAGGAGAAGCACAAAGAGAGGAGGCACUCAAAGUCCAAGAGAAGUUCGGGACUGUCUACUGCAGCAGUGGGAGAGGUCACRAUGACACCCGGCCCUCCCCCCAGCGUCCCACACGCUGGAGCCGCUGCCCCUGCCCCACCACCCCCCAGCUUCCACACAGAUGGGCACAGUGAGAAAAAAAAGAAGAAAGAAGAGAAGGACAGAGAAAGAGAAAGGGGGGAAAAGCCAAAAAAGAAGAACAUGUCGGCCUAUCAAGUGUUCUGUAAAGAAUAUCGUGUAACCAUUGUGGCUGACCAUCCAGGGAUAGAUUUUGGAGAACUUAGUAAAAAACUGGCUGAGGUGUGGAAACAGUUGCCAGAAAAGGACAAACUGAUUUGGAAACAAAAAGCUCAGUAUCUGCAGCAUAAACAGAACAAAGCAGAAGCUACAACUGUGAAAAGAAAAGCAUCAAGCUCAGAAGGUUCCAUGAAAGUCAAAGCUGCUUCUGUGGGAGUACUGUCACCCCAAAAGAAGUCCCCACCAGCCACCAUGCUGUUACCAGCAUCACCAGCCAAAGCCCCUGAGACAGAGCCCAUCGAUGUUGCAGCUCACCUUCAGCUGUUGGGAGAGUCUCUCAGCCUCAUCGGACACCGCCUACAGGAGACAGAGGGCAUGGUGGCAGUGUCUGGCAGUUUGUCAGUGCUUCUUGAUUCCAUUAUCUGUGCCCUUGGCCCCUUGGCAUGUCUGACUACACAACUACCUGAAUUGAAUGGCUGUCCCAAACAAGUCUUGUCAAACACGCUAGACAACAUUGCUUACAUCAUGCCUGGACUGUGACAGCGGAGACUCCUGGGGUAGAAGCCUCACCUACCCUUUGUGUAUAGGUUUGUGUAUAUAUGACUGUUCAAACCCCUUCGCUGGCCUCUGGGUGUAGGUUUUACAUUUUUAUAUCUAUACAUAUAUAUAUACAUAUAUAUAUCUGUAUAUAUGUAAUGUACAAAAUAUACAUAGGAUUGUAACUACUUUGCUUUUAAUAAUUUUAUGAAAUGGCAAAGGUUUAGCCAAGAGGAAUCUUUGGCAUGAGUAUGGGCUUGGGAUCUUUCUUCUCUUGUGGUGGGUAAAUCUGCCUUAAAAAUCAGUGUAUCUUGGGGCURGGGGCUUGUUCUGGGUGCCACGUGCAUCUCCUUAUGGAUAGCUAAAAUGUGAUUUUUUUUUUCCAAACUCAUUUGUACCUCCAGACCCAUCACUGACCACUUGCCUUACCUGUCUAAUAGUCAGACAUAUAAUAAUAAGAGAGAUUAUGGGAGGGUGCCAGCUGACCCGAAGUACAAAGGCUUUCAAUCUGAAGUGACGGAGGUGGGAGGUGAUGAGCUCAUUCCCACUGUGGCUAUUAAAGUGGCUUAGAUGGACUAAGUAGGGGGUUCAUUCCAAGUCCUACUAUACAGUGUCCAUGUCUCAAACUUUAUUGUAAUCAUUGGUACCAUUGGCAGCCUYAGCAGAGGCCAAGGAGUUGUGCGAUU